AUGCAAAUGAGCAACCCCUACCCCCUUCGAAGUCCACUAGAUCCGAACACCGCAUCCUCACUUAAAGACUACGACUAUGUUGCACCACUUAAAACCGACGGAUCGAACUACCCUUGCAAAGGCUAUCAAUACGACAGCCCGCUCCGGACGACAGCUACCUACCAAGCCGGAGGCACAUACCAGAUGUCGCUCUCGGGCAGCGCCUUCCAUCUCGGCGGCUCUUGCCAGCUCGCGCUCUCCUACGAUAACGGCGCGACCUUCAAAGUCAUCAAGUCAAUGAUCGGCGGCUGCCCGAAGCAGCAAUCCUACAACUUCACCGUACCCUACUCCGCACCCGACGGAACAGCCCUCUUCGCCUGGACUUGGUUCAACUACGAGGGGAACCGCGAGUUCUACAUGAACUGCGCUGCCGUCCAGAUCGUGAACAGCAAUGCACAGCUUGCUAGCUCGCUGGAAGGGAUCAACACACUGCCGAAUCUUUGGAGAGCCAAUAUUGCCGGCACAGGCUGCGUAGCAGCAGCGCGGCAGAAUGCCGUGUUCCCGAAUCCCGGACCUGAUGUGCUCUACGGCGACGGCAUGAGCAGCGCCUCACCACCCACGCCCGGAGACUGCGACGGCAGCGGAUCGUCUUCGAACACAGACAGCUCGUAUCUGCUGGUUCUGGCGGAACAGUCAGCGAGCCCUACCGCCGACGACCACCACUACGCAGAUCCGACGUCCUACGAGAACGCUCCUAUCAGUACAACUGCUCCACAAUACGACGACGGCCAAUACCGCUGGAAAGCACCCACACCGUCGCCGCAAGCCCAGUUCGCGGAAACGAUGCAAGGAGCCGGUAUGGUCACGGAGACAACGACGAGCUGUCCCCCCACAACAACCACAACCACAACUCCAACGCCGACGCCGACGACGCUGUCCACCGCGGUCCGAGGAGCCGAGUCCUCCUCUGCAGCGCCACCGCCGUCUCCACCAGCCUCAAAUCCUCCCCCAGCAUCGCCGCCUCAGCCAUCAAGCCCCCCUCCCCCCUCGCAAGAAACACCCCCCUACGCAACCGGCGACCCCUCGCUCUACCUCCCCUGCGCCCCAGGAACCUUCCUCUGCACCUCGGCGUCCACGUUCCUGACCUGCGACCAGACGGUCCCCGGGACGGCGCCGCAGCAGCCCUGGGAGUACCUGUACCCGCGCGACGUGGCUGAGGGCAUGGCGUGUGCGCCCAGAUUGGUGAGGUGUGAGGUCGGGUGGGAAGGGUGUGGUACCGGGGAGCGGGUGCCGGUUGGGUGGAGGAGGGAUGAUGUGUAUGUGAGGAGUGGGGCGUGA